AUGAGCUCUCCGAGCCGUGGCAGCAGCUUCCAAGCAUGGAAGCGCUGCAUGUCCCUGGCCCAACGCUGCUCCAACAUGGCCCAGCUCAAAGCCAUCCACGCCAUCUUCACUGUCCACGGCAUCCACGCCAACACCUACGCCAACAGCAAGCUCAUCGCCUUCUGCGCGCUAUCCGACUCCGGCAGCUUGCCGUACGCCUCCCUUCUCUUCCAUCAAACUCUAUCUCCCAACUCCUUCAUCUACAACACCCUCAUCAGAGCCUACUCCCGCACCGCUCGACCCCAACGCGCGCUCGCGUACUUCCGCCUCAUGCUUGCUGAAAAGCCCGAAAGAGGCAUCGUUCCCGACCACCACACCUUCCCUUUCGUGCUCGCCGCAUGCGCCAAUGUCCCCUCGGCCUCCGCGGGCGAGCAAAUACAUGCCACUGUCUUCAAGAACGGAUUGGCGGCUUCUGAUAAUUUCGUGCAGACCGCACUAAUGCGGAUGUAUGUGGAAACUUGCGUAUUGGGUUCUGCUCGGAAGCUGUUCGAUGAAAUUCCUCAGAGAGAUGCCGUGCUUUGGAACGUGCUUAUGAAUGGGUAUCUUCGUUUGGGUGAUGCUAAUGAGGCGUUGCGGCUGUUCCGUGAUAUGCUGGCGUCGGAUGUGGAGCCUGAUAGGUUCUGUGUUGCAACUGGGCUUGCGGCUUGCGCUCAUUCCGGGGCGCUUCGGCAGGGGGCGUGGAUUCAUGAGCAUGCGAAAAGGAAUGGGUAUACUGAUGAUGUUUUCAUUGGGACGUCGCUGGUUGAUAUGUAUGCCAAGUGCGGGUGUAUUGAUAAGGCUGUUGAGGCGUUUGAAGGAAUGCCAGAGAGGAAUGUCUUCUCCUGGGCUGCGUUGAUUGGGGGACUGGCAAUGCAUGGGUUUGCCAGGGAUGCGAUACGGUGCUUGGAAAGAAUGCAGGAAGAAGAUGGGCUCCGGCCAGAUGGGGUCGUGCUUCUGGGAGUCUUGACAGCCUGUAGCCACGCCGGACUUAAAGAGGAGGGCCAGUGUCUCUUGGAUAGCAUGGAGGCAUGCUACAGCGUAAUGCCAAAGCAUGAACACUACAGUUGCAUGGUGGACCUGCUUUGUAGGGCAGGUCAACUAGACAAAGCGCUUGCACUUGUGCGAGAAAUGCCCAUGAAGCCACUUGCUUCAGUCUGGGGUACGUUGUUGAGUGGUAGCAGGAUCCAUGGUAAUGUCAAGCUUGCAGAGCUUGCAGCCGAGGAGCUGCUACAACUCGAACAGGAUGGCAGAGCAGAAGAAGAUGACGGUGUUUACGUGCAGUUAUCAAAUGUUUAUUUGGGUGCAAGAAGGCAGGAGGAUGCUAGGCGGGUUCGGAAUAUGAUGGGCAAUAGAGGGAUAAAGAAGACGCCUGGUUGUAGUGUGAUUGAGGUGGAUGGGAAGGUGAAUGAAUUCGUUGCUGGAGAUGAGGCACACCCACUGCGGUGUCAAAUAUAUGAAGUGCUGAGUCUGUUGUACCACCAAAUAUCCCUCCAUCCCAUGCUAUGGUAACCUGCUACAAUGUCACAAGUUGAGAAUAAUUGCAACAAAUCAUUAGCGAAGAGAACCGUCCUUGAGAUAUAGAGCCUCCGGACUAAUACCUUUCAGCGUCACUUGAUAACUUUUGCAUGGGCUAUCUCAUUUGCCCUUUCCCCCACAUGUCUAAUUUACAUUAACCUCGGAAGCCCUUGCAAUUUUUAUUUUCAUUUUUUUUUUGCAAACAAUCUCCUUUGUAGAAGAACUCAAGAGCAAGAAAGAGCUUGAAAAUGCAUGAAUUGUAAUGCAUCAUGUCUAAUUAUCUAUAUACAUGAAUGAAACAAAUUCUUUAGUGGCUUUGCCAAAAACA